CUGGCCCUCCAAGCUCAAUUUGGCGUCCUCCUUGGCCGCACAGGGCUUUCAGCCUGAGGCAACCUGCCACUAGAGGGUCUCUACUGGUUUCUAACUUUCUCCACGGUGUUCAUUGAAACGAGGUCAAAAGUCAACAGACAAAAUGGUGGCCUCCUCUGCGGCCAUACUGCGAGCUUCUGGACUCCGCCGAUGGGGUCAGCUGCCAGGCUCUCCAGCGCUAUGGUCUUGUGGCCGGGUCUCGUGGGCACCUGCCCGGAGGACAGCGACCUGGCGCCUGGAGCCCGCGGGCCGCUGCGGGUGGGACGAGCCCGUGCACAUCGCGGUGCUCGGCCUCGCGCCGGGACAGCCUGUCACGCUGCGCGCGUCCCUGCGCGACGAGAAGGGCGUGCUCUUCCGGGCCCACGCGCGGUAUCAAGCGGACGCCGGCGGCCUCCUGGACCUGGCGCGCGCGCCCGCGCUGGGCGGCAGCUUCACGGGGCUCGAGCCCAUGGGGCUGCUCUGGGCCCUGGAGCCCGAGAAGCCCUUGGUGCGGCUGGUGAAGCGGGACGUGCAGACGCCCUUCGCGGUGGAGCUGGAGGUGUUCGAGGGCCACGAGCCCGACGCCGGGCGGCUCCUGGGCCGGGCGGUGCUGGAGCGCGACUUCUUGCGGCCGGGGAUGCGGCGGGUGCCGGUGCGCGCGGGCCGGGUGCGCGGCACGCUCUUCCUGCCGCCUGGUGCAGGACCCUUCCCUGGGAUCAUCGAUCUGUUUGGGAGUGGUGGUGGCCUUUGUGAAUACAGGGCCAGCCUCCUGGCUGGACAUGGUUUUGCUGUGCUUGCUUUGGCUUAUUUCAAAUUUGAAGACCUCCCUGAAUCUUUGGAUGAUGUGCGCCUGGAGUACUUUGAAGAAGCUAUAGACUUCAUGCUGCAGCAUCCAAAGGUGAAAGGCCCUGGUGUUGGGCUUCUUGGCUUCUCCAAAGGAGGUGACCUGUGUCUCUCAAUGGCCUCUUUCUUGAAGGGCAUCACAGCCACUGUACUUAUUAAUUCCUGUGUGGCCAACACAAUAUCUCCUCUGCAUUACAAGGAUAUGUUUAUUCCCAGUCUUGGCAGUGACCCAGGGAAACUUGUAGUUACUGAGUCAGGGGUUUUAAUUUUUUUGGGUGUUUGGGAUAAUCCACUGGAGGAACUCAACUAUCAAAGUAUUAUUCCAUUGGAAAGAGCCCAGGGGCCUUUUCUGUUUCUUGUUGGCAUGGAUGAUCAUAACUGGAAGAGUGAAUUCUAUGCUCGUAUAGCCUCUGAACGGUUACAAGCCCAUGGGAAAGACAGACCCCAGAUAAUCUACUACCCAGGAACUGGUCACUGUAUUGAACCACCUUAUUUUCCUCUUUGUAGAGCUUCUGUGCAUACAGUGUUAGGCAAAGCAAUACUCCAUGGAGGUGAGCCAAAGGCACAGUCAAGGGCACAGGUAGAUGCCUGGCAGGCAAUUCAAACUUUCUUCCAUAAACAUCUCAAUGGUAAAAAAUCUGUGCCGUCCAGCAAAAUGUGACAUUGUAAUCAUAGACCAGAUACUAUGAAUAAAAAUCUAAUUCAUACAACA